UGCCCAUUUAUUUACUUAAUUGUUGUGAUUUUGUUUUGAGCGAAUAUUUAUUGUGCAAUUGCUGUUUAUGGUAUAAUUUGCCAUAAAUAAAUAAACAAUGCUUAGUCUAAAAUACACACCCAUAUGUUGUGCUGCGUUUAAUAAACGAAUGUAAUAUCGCAAAAAAUUUAAAAAUGAACUGAAACGAACUGCGCAGGCGUUUCCCUAUUGAAAUGGUUUAAAUAAAAGCUGCAAUAUUUUUAAAAAAUUAGGUAGUUCCAAAUUUAUACUAGGAAUUAUGGCGACCAAGGAGAGUAUUACUGCCAUUUUAGAAUGGAUAAAAAUCACACACUUUGGCAGUAUGAAUAAAAGCAAUCUACCACAGUGCAUGGAAACGGAGACGGAUGGGAUAUCUACUGAUGAAAUUGAUCUAGAAUCACACCCAUGGAAGGAAAAAACGGUAUCCUGGUGGGAUGUAGGCAUGACAGUGAUUUCUAUAUUAAUACGAGUAAUUGCUGUACUGCUGAAUAUUAAAUUAGCUGUCGACUAUUAUCAGCAAAGAGAGCAAAAUUACUGUGCAUGGACGGUAGCUUGCUUGUUUGUACCGAUGUGUGUCACUUCAUUGAUAUAUGCAAAAAUGUGCCAUCAAGAUAAAAAAUUUGACGGAGGAAUUAGUAAGGCGUCGAGAACUGCUCUGUUAGUUAUAUUUUCAUCACUUUUUCUUCGAUACUGGAACUCCUUAAUAUACUCCCUCAAAUGUAAGCGUUCUGAAUUGCGAGGAAAUCGAGACGAACAAUUAAAGUAUUAUAAAUUGACUAUAAAAGAAGAAAGCGAUAUUUCGUUGAUACGUUUAUUCGAAUGUUUUAUGGAAACGGCUCCACAAAAAAUACUGCAAUUAUCAAUACUAUUAAUGCAAAAAAAUCUAGUAACAGGUACGCAGGUUUUAAGCGUUUCACUUUAUCUGGUGAGCGUACCAUGGACGUUAUUCAGCUAUAAUCGCUGUAUACGUGCUGCACAACCAAAUAAAAAUAAGUUGAGUUAUUGGUAUAUGGCUCCUCAAAUCUGUUGGCAUUUUUGUGUUUCACUUUCGCGUACCCUUUGCAUAACAUUUGUAGUCCUCAUAUUUCCUAUCUGGAUAAUAGUUGCUUGUGUUCAGCACGCAGUCGUAUUGGGCUUCCUUACCUAUAUAGUGGAACGACCUCAAUUUUCCAGCGUCAUUGCUUGUCACAAUUUUCUCUUCUGUAUAGCUUUAGGUUUUGUUUACAUAUUCAUUUACAUUCCAGUCAAGGAGGAGCCAACACGCUAUAAAUACGCUUUAUAUUACCUGAUUUGUUCGUUGGAAAAUUUCACCUGCGUUGGAUUGUUCAUCUUUUAUGCGCCGGGAUAUUUACGACAAUCGGUUGGCUUUUUCUCUACAUUAUGUACCUUAGCUAUUGUCUUUUACUAUGUCGGUAUUUGUUGUAUGUGCAUUUAUUAUACACGUUAUCAUCCGAAUGUGAAGGCAGGGAGAAAUAUGAAAAUUAAUAGUUGAAAUAGGUAAAUACAUAUACAUAUAUUCAUAGGUUGUAGAAUAUACCGAAAUUUCUAAAGUAUUAACAUACAUUCGCAUAAGCAUGUCCUUAGAGCAUACCGUAAACUUUUUAUCCCAAAUUUGUAAUGGGAUAGAUGUUAGAAUUUUAGAAAUGAUAUAAAAAUGUUUAGAUAAACGAUUAUUUACAUAUAUUAAAAUAAUUUUUU